AUGGAACUACACGAGAGUCCAGUUUCGGUGGUGGGGGCAAGAGGUGGAUCGAGCAAACCAGCCAUGAUGGAAGAGGCGAGUCCCACAGCCGGCACAAAUGCUGGUGGUCAAGGACAAGAGGCCUUGAAGGAUGUUGUGUGUGGGUCGCUGGCUGGCAUCGUCGGCAAGUACAUUGAGUACCCCUUCGACACAGUCAAGGUGCGCCUGCAGUCGCAGCCGGAUACACUGCCAUUGCGGUAUAACGGGCCGUUGGAUUGCUUCAAGAAGUCACUACAACAAGAUGGGUUUCUUGGAGUAUACAGGGGCAUCAGUGCACCGCUGGUGGGUGCUGCUGUCGAGACAAGCAUUUUGUUCUUCAGCUACCGUGUCGCUGGAGAUACUCUAAAGGCUUCUGGCAUCUACCCAGAGUUGAAGGAGAACCCCGACCAAGACCUGCCCUAUCCAGCAAUGCUCGGCUGCGGUAUGGUCGCCGGCGCCAUAACCUCACUUUUCCUCACACCGAUCGAGCUUGUCAAAUGUAAAGUGCAGGUCCCUGUAGAGACAGCUAGCGGCCUCGCUGCUCGCCCAACUGUACUCAGCAGCAUUGUCUCAGUGUACCGUCACCAAGGCAUCCUUGGCUAUUGGCAUGGCCAACUCGGAACAUUCAUCCGCGAGACAGGCGGCGGCGCGGCGUGGUUCGGCGGCUACGAAGGCAUGAAGAUCGCCUUCAAGAAAGCGAAUGGAUCUGCCAGCGAAGAUCUACCAAUCUAUCAGCGCAUGGCAGCUGGAUCCAUCGCUGGUGCAGCAUACAACUUCGCGUUCUAUCCUGCAGAUACUAUCAAGUCUCGGAUGCAGACAGAAGACGUGGGCAAGCUGACUGGCGGGCGGUCCACGUUUGGCACCGUGGGUAAGGCGUUAUGGAGAGACCAUGGCAUCAAGGGCAUGUACCGUGGGUGCGGCAUUACUGUCGCACGGUCGAUACCCAGUUCUGCGUUCAUUUUCACAAUAUAUGAGGAGCUGAAGAGGUAUUGGCCCGAGAGAAGGGUCGUUUGA